AUGUCGACUCCGCGACAAGUAGUCCACGCCCCAGGCGCACCCAAGCCUAAUGGGAAUUAUAGCCAUGCGAUCAGAGCAAAGAACGGCACGCUUUACCUCGCCGGCUGGAUGGGCGACGACCCAGAAACUGGGAAGAUUGUCCCUGGUGGGAUUGAGGCACAGACAGAACGCGCUAUCUUGAAUAUAAAGACUUGUCUGGAGGCCGCCGGGUCGUCCUUGGACAAUGUUAUUUCACGGAGGAUGUAUAUUAUCCCUCUGAAGGAAGAUUUCAGGAAGGUGGCGGCCACCUGGGACAAAUACUUCCCAGGGCCCUCUUCCGUGUCUACUUGCAUAGGUGUCACUGCACUCGCAAAGGAGGGUGCGCUUGUUGAGCUUGAAGUGGUUGCUGAGUGCUAG